AAAAAAAAAAAUAACUAAAAAAAUUAAAAAAGAAAAAUUUCAAGCUUUAUUUAGGCAAAUAUCUAUCAAUAUAAAAUUUUAAGCGAAUCCACCAAAAGUUUGUUUGUUUGUUUAUAGAUGUCUCACUAUACCCACGAAAACGUUCCCGAAGAAGUUGCUAAGAAGUUCCCUCACCUUUAAGGCAAGAAAAUGAUAAGCAAGAAGGAAGUUCCUACCCACGUUGUAGAAUCAGCUGAAAAAAAUGGAAAGCCCAUCACUGUUUAAUAAGCUCAACCAUUAUAACCAUAGGUCGUUGCAUAAAAAGCUCAUCCUAUUGUUACUCAUCCUGCAUUACAUAAAUCUGUCGUCCACCACUCUCCUCCUGCUAAGCAUACAGUAGUUACUCAUGCUCAAGCUACUGCUGUUGUAGCCAACAAUACUACUGUGACUAAAGAAGUUCCUUAGGCUCAAAUCCAAGUUCUUGGAAAGGAUCAUGACGCUACUGUUACUCAUAAAGCUCCUAUUGUCCAUAAAACUUCUGCUGUUAAACACGUUGUCUAACACCAUCCUGUUUAACAACACACUGUUUAGCACGCUCCCGUUGUUAUUGGUCAAUCUUAAGUUAAAGUCGGUGCCUAAGUUGCCCACAAGGCUGCUUUCACUCACGAAAACGUCCCUGAAGAAGUCCACAAGAAAUUCCCUCAUCUUUAAACUAAGGUCACACACACAAUCAAAGUAGGAGGAGUGAACGGAAAUCACACAACAAUAAAAUCUCCUGAAAAGGUAGCCUAACCCAAGAUCAAUGUAGUUCAUGCCUCUGAACAUUUAAACGAAUAACAAAAUUGA